AUGAUCCGCAGUACUUCCGGCGCCCUGCCGCGAAUCAUCCAGGAGCUCGAAUCCAACAACAUGCCGCUCGUCGACGCGGUGAACCUCAUCGACGAUUUCAAAACAGAGUUUCUGAAAAUCAGGAGAGGCCGGCUGGUCGACAUUCGAGACAAGCUGUCCCGAGUUUUCAACAAGAACGAGGGCCUCAAAGAACUGAGAGCGAUCGCCCUUCUCUUACAAGGCGACGUGAGCGACAACUCCGCACCACUGAGCGCAACGUACUCGUCAGACGAGCGCUCUCGAUUCAAAUCUGCGCCUUUCGUGUCGCUUGAAGUCGGGCGGUCGUUUUCAAGAUACAAAGCGUUCCUCAGCGACAAUCGCAGAGGGUUCGAAUUCUAG